AUGCAUUUCUGGUCAGCCUCACUCUUAGUUAUUUUCUACUGCUGGAUAGAUGUUAUUAUUUCGGUGAUCGCAUUUGGCUUUUAUCAGACAUCAUUCAAAUUCGAUGCUCGAAUUAUCUGGAAUUACGUAGCACUUAAUGUACCUUAUGAUUUUAUCACUUCUCCUGUUGAUUUCCUAUUAUUAACCGCUUUUCGACUUCUCAUAAUGCUGAUCUGUAUCGUGUUCAAGUACAAAUAUGAACAUCGGCUUAAAAAAUUUUUCAUACCACUUUUGGGAGUAUUUAUCCUACAUUGGACGUUCUCAUUGGUGAAAUUACUUGCAUUCUCGGAAAAGAUCGAGCAGUUCGCUUAUUUCGGGUUUUGGCUAAAUGUUAUUUGGAAUGUGCUAGCCACUAUAUUAAUUAUUUUACUUUGGAAUUUUGCAUUACAUACUAAUACCUCAUGGGAUUAUCAAUCAUUGACGGUUGAAACACGGGAUGUAACAUCAAGAUUGCAAGACACUGAAAAGGAACUCAGUCGUUCUGGUACCGGUCAACAUAUUGUGCGAUUGCUCCGGUAUUGUAAACAUCAGUGGAAAUGGUUUGCAACAGGAUUCUUUUUCCUUAUCAUCUAUUCUGCAGCGCGGGUAUUUCUACCGUAUUGUAUCGGUCAAGUACUUUCAAAUAUUGUACAAACUAAAGGUGUUGCCGUUGUAGUCCAUUCUGUGCUGAUCAUGUCUGCUCUAGCUUUCAUAAGUACUAUUACUGCUGGUUUUCGAGGUGGAAGUUUUAUUUACGCUACAGCGUUGGUAAAUCGUCAGAUGCGCUAUGAUUUAUUUAGUUCAUUAGUGGAACAAGACAUCAGCUUCUUUGAUACGACUAAUACAGGUGAGAUAACAUCACGCUUAACAACUGAUUGUGAAACGAUGUCAUCAACAAUAUCUACUAAUUUGAACGUUUUCCUUCGAAACAGUGUCAUGCUUCUUGGUUCGCUGGUGUUCAUGUUUACUCUUUCAUGGCGCCUUUGUUUGGUUACUUUCAUUAUUGUGCCGGUCGUAGGUUUUGUGACAAAAAUUUACGGUGCGUAUUAUGAUCUGCUAACAGAAAAGACUCAAGGAACAAUAGCGGUAUCAAAUCAUGUAGCAGAACAAGUGAUUGGUACUAUGCGAACAGUGCGAUCAUUCGCUUGCGAGAAACGCGAGGCCAAAAAAUUCCAGCAGCAUUUGGAUGAAACGCUGCGUUUAAAUAAAAAAAAAGCAUUAACCUAUGUGGGUUAUAUGUGUACUACCGAAUUAUGUGAUAAUGCUAUCCUAAUUGCUGUGCUAUUUUAUGGUGGUCAUCUUGUUUUGUCAGGAAAAAUGGAAGUUGGUAAUUUGAUAUCUUUCUUAUUGUAUCAAAUGCAACUCGGGGAGAAUCUCUAUAACAUUAGUUAUGUAUUUACGGGUUUAAUGGAAAGUGUUGGUGCAUCAAGGAAAGUUUUCGAAUAUAUAAUCCGUAAACCAAAAAUUCUUCAUGUUGGAACAAAGAAGACGCCAAUUAAUGGAGAAGUUAAAUUCGAUUCUGUAUCCUUCACAUACGCUUCUAGGCCAAACAAUCCUGUUUUACAGGACGUCAGUUUCACCGUUCAUCCAGGUCAGACUGUUGCUUUGGUUGGACCAAGCGGUGGUGGGAAAUCGUCUAUCGUAUCUUUGAUUGAGCAUUUUUACGAAUGUGAUAAGGGUUGCGUGCUCAUUGAUGGAAAUCCAGUGGCAGAGUAUGAUCAUGAGUAUAUUCAUCAAAAAAUAGCCUUGGUUGCUCAAGAUCCAAUUUUAUAUGAAGGCACAGUGCGAGACAAUAUUGUGUAUGGAUGUGAUUGGGCUACCGAGGAUGAUGUGUUAAAUGCUGCUAAAAUAGCUAAUGCACAUAAUUUCAUCAUGGAAACUGAGAAGCAAUAUGAGACAAACUGUGGCGAGAAGGGUGUGCAACUAUCAGGCGGUCAGAAACAACGUAUAGCAAUAGCACGAGCUGUGGUUCGCCGCCCCGUGAUCCUGAUAUUAGAUGAGGCAACUUCAGCUUUAGACGCAGAAAAUGAAUUCAUUAUACAAGAUGCCAUAGCGCAAUGUUCGAAGGAUAAAACAAUUAUUGUAAUAGCACAUCGCCUAAGCACUGUUGAAAAUGCUGAUCAGAUUAUUGUUAUUAAUAAAGGACAAGUGGUUCAGCAAGGUCGACAUAAGGAAUUGCUGGAACAGGAUGGUAUUUAUCGAUCGUUAGUACAUCGACAACUUCUUGGAAAUAAUCCAAACAAAAUACACUGA